CUCGGGAAAAAGCUCAGAAACUGGCCGGAGGUGCGGGGAGACGGGGACGCUAGGGGCUCUCGAAAUCUUCCAAAAGCCAGCCCCACCCCAGGUCCUCGCAGACAGGAGCCAAUGACGCUGCCCAAGCCCGGGGUCUACUACUUCCCCUGGGAGGUCGGAGCCGGCCAAGUUCCCGACGGGGGCGCCCUGAGGACGUUCGGCAGGUUGUGCCUCUACGAUGUGACCCAGUCCCGCGUGACCCUGACGGCCCAGCGCGGGUCUGAGCAGCACCAGGUCCUCGUGUGCACCAGGCUGGUGGAGCCGUUCCAAGCCCAGGUGGGCUCCCUGUACACGGUCCUGGGGGAGCUCGAGCACCAGAAGGACGGCGGUUCCGUGGUGAAGGCGCGAGUGCUGACUUGCGUGGAAGGCAUGAAUCUCGCGCUGUUAGAGCAAGCCAUCGGAGAGCAGAGGGCCUACCUGCGGCAGAGGGACGGCGGCCCGUAGCAACGGGAGGCUCCCGGGGACCCUCCCCCACCCCGAGCCUGCGGUGAGCGGCGAGUCCGCUGCUGCGACGGAGGCGGCAGAGAAGACGCAGGGACUUACCCCGGGGACGGCCGUUUUCUGCAGCCUGACCCCACUCCCCCAGGAGAGCACAGGAGGCCGAGCCCCGGGCACCGCGGACUGGGGGCCUCGUGGGAGGCGCGGAGGGUUCCAGAAGGUCCUCGGAAUAAAGGCCGGCGAGA